AUGUACGUUCACCAAAAGGUUGCUAUCGUGACGGGUGGGAUUAGAGGGAUUGGUUUUGUGACCGUUCAACAUUUGUUGCGUAAAGGAGCUGCGUUCGUAUUCAUUCAGUACGUGGCAAUUUUCGAUUUGCACAAAUUCGACAGUAAAGUUGUUAUCGACGGCAUGACGAAAUUGGAGCAAGAAUUCAACUCUGAUAAGUUUGGAUAUUAUACGUGUGAUGUUGCCAACAUAAAAGAAUUUAUUUCUCGAUACGAAGAGAUUUCAAAGAUGAAAUCGUACGUUGACAUUCUUAUUAAUAAUGCUGGUAUUUGCGCUGAAAAGAAGCCGGAAAUGAUGAUCAAUAUCAAUUUUACAGCAGUUGUAAAGUGCACAAUGGCUGCGGUCGAUCGUAUGGCAACGCACAAGGGUCACAAAGGUGGUACUGUGAUUAACGUGGGCUCCAUAUACGGACUGAUAAAUAUACCUCUAAUCCCAGUUUACAAUGCAACCAAACACGCCGUAGUCUCGUUUGUUAGAUCGAUGAAGGAGCAUAACAAGACGAUCGGAAUGCGCAUCAUGUGUAUCUGUCCAGGUUUGACGCAUACGGACAUGACAACGACUGGUGAUCGCGACCUUCUAGUAUACGAUUUUAUACCAUUUGAAAUGGUGGACAAUCACGUAAAGCAAAAGCUUCAAGAUCCAAGCAACGUGGCAGCGGCUACAAUUGAAAUUCUGGAAAAAGGAAACGGAGGUGACGUUUGGAUGGUGAAAGACGACGAACCACCGUUCAACGUUGGCGAGAUGACUGAUAUCGAAAAAAUGAGAAUACCUUUUUAA